AUGGCGCGCGCGCAGCAGACCAUCUCCCUCGCGCUCCUCGUGAGCUCGUUCUACCUCUCCCUCUACCUCGGGCUCCUGCCCCUCCCGCCCGCCGUCCAAGAAUUCAUCGUCCCCGUCCUGCCCUUCUGGGCCCUGGUCACGUUCGGCGCAUGGCUGCUCUUCCGCCUCGGCUGGGGCAUGCUCACCUUCCGCGACACCCCCGACGCCUACGCCGAGCUGAUGGACGAGAUCAAGACGGCCAAGGCGGAUUUGAGGACUAAGGGUGUGGAUGUUGACUAA